AUGAAUAUGGGCACAAACAUGGUUUUGGUGGUUGGUUUGAUCUGUGCUGUGUUUGCAUUUGUAGGAGCACAACAACCUCCAACCACCUCUCCAGCUCCACCUACUCCUCCUGCUAAUACUCCACCAACCACUCCUCAAGCUUCUCCUCCACCUGUUCAGUCUUCUCCUCCACCUGUUCAAUCUUCUUCUCCUCCACCUGCUCAAUCUUCUCCACCUCCAGUUCAAUCUUCUCCUCCACCAGCUCAGUCUCCUCCACCUGUUCAAUCUUCUCCUCCACCUGCAUCCACUCCACCACCUGUUCCAGCUUCCCCUCCUCCAGCUCCAGUUACUCCUCCACCUGCCUCUCCUCCUCCAUUCUCUCCUCCACCUACUACUCCACCUCCCGCAACUCCUCCACCUGCAACUCCUCCACCAGCACUCACACCAACUCCCCUCUCAUCUCCUCCAGCAACUACUCCAGCUCCUGCUCCUGCCAAGCUUAAGAGUAAAGCUCCUACAGUGGCACCCGUAUCCACACCAUCAGAAGCUCCCGCUCCCGGUCCGGGUCUCUCCUCUCUCUCUCCCGCUGUCUCUCCCACCGGUAGCGAUGAUAGUGGGGCAGAGAAUUUGUUGUCACAGAAGAUGGUUGGCUUAGUAUUUGGAUGUGCUAUCAUGUCUUUGAUGUUCUAG